UUCCCUUUUACUCGUUCCCCCCACUAUAUUGUCCGUUUAGUUAAUCCAUGCACUACUGUGUAUAGUCAUGCGACGUGAAAAUGUUUAUCACGGAAUAAACAACAUUUUAUGGCUAUUUACCCGAGUCCUUCGAAUUUAUCACGAAUUUUCUUUUACGAUAAUAAAGAACUAUCCAGUUAUUUAAUAAAAACUUGAAAAAGCAUCAAAUAUUUAUUAAUAAAAUAUUCCAAGAAAACAUCAAGACAGUUGUUGAUAGUAUAAUUCGUUUAGUUACAUUUGUCAUUAUAAUGGUUAAGUAUUUUGAAGACAAUACAACCUUUUACUUUAAUUGGAAACAAGUUGUACAAGGAUUUUGGGUGAAAUAUCCUAAUCCUCACAGCUCGCAUGUCUUGUCGGAAGAUACUAUAUCUAGAGAAGUUAAGGAUGGCAAACUUUAUUCUAAACGUCUCUUGACAAAAACAAAUGGAGUACCAAAGUGGGGUGAAAUGUUAAUUAAAAAAAAAUCUGUUAAAAUUGUAGAGGAAAGCAUAUUAGAUCCCGAGGCAAGAACAUUGACAACUUAUUCAAGAAAUUUCACCUAUAACAAAGCAAUGAGCGUUAUCGAGAAAGUUGUUUACCGAGUUUCCGAUGAAAAUCCUUCAUGGACUACAGUACACAGAUCAGCAUGGAUAUGGAGUUGUGUACUUGGAUUUAGUAAAGCAAUUGAAGCAUUUGGACAAGAUAGAUUAAAAAAAAACUAUAUUAAAAUGUCGUUAGGUUUCAAUCACGUUCUUGGACGUAUGUUUCCUCAAACAGCACAAUUGGCAACUUCUCAUAGCAGUUGUCAGCCCGACGAUUUAUCAGCUAGUAAAUCAAUUCUGGCAGAAGGUUUGCAACAUUCUUUAAAAGACAAAGCAGAACAAGUAAAAGAUGCUGCUAAAAAGGCCACAGAUUUAGCGAAGCAAAAGACUGGUCAAUUCAUGUAAUAUAUUGAGAAGAAUCAGAUUAAUUAAAUGUUACUAAACCAUUAACUAUCAAGUACUAUGCCAAGUGAAGAAAUUUAAUGAAACUCGAAACAAUAGUAAAGAAAAAAGAAUGAGAUUACUUAGACUUUGUUCUAAUCCAAUUAAAAAUUUAAUAUAUGUUGAAUCUAACUUUUAAUGUUGGGAUUUUGCAUAUAUAUUUUUCCUUUAAUAUAUAAUUUUUCUCUUUCGAUAUUAUAUAUAGAAAAAUUGAUUAAUUGUAUACAAUAGAUACUUGUGUUUUACAAAACAUAGUUAAUUGUAUUUCAAAAAACUACCAUUCCUCUAACUGCCAGAGCCCAGAAUAUAUAUGAUACCAGGAAUAUCCUGUUGUUACUCAAUAUUGAAACAUUUAGAAUUUAUUACAUGUGUAAUUAGUAUAAAACACACUCUUUUUAGGUACGAUCAACGUACGUACAUGACUUAUACAUUGCCACUUGUCUAAAAUAGAAUGUGCAAGUUUAAGUAUUAUAAAAAAUAAGUCAUGUCUAUGUGGCGAUCCUACUGAAUUAUAUAAGAUUAUCAAGACUUUUAUGGGUGCGAAGUAAAACUCAAUUUGAUUUGUAGUUCAUCUGACAAAAAUCUAAAUCUAAAAAAAACAUAAAAUAUUAAUCGAAAUAUUUUUCAGGAUUAUUUAAACGAAAUUAUUUUAUUUAAUGGCACCCUAUGACUUAAUAAUACGAUAUAUACAUAUAUGCAUAUAUUUAUAUGAAAUGCAUUUUUGUGUUCACUUGUAUAUAUUAUACUUUAUAACAAUGAUUAUAAUUCCUUUCCUUUUUGGAAUUACAAUUUUUCCUCAAUUCUGGAAGCAAGAAAUAUAAGCGAUCAUACUGUUGAAACAUGAUGUUAUAAAAGCUGUAUAUAUAAAAGGUUUAUAUAAGUUGUGAUUUGAUACAUUGUAAGCAGAAUGCCAAUAGGAAAUAGAUAUUUAUAUAAAAUUAGUUAUCAAAAAUAGAAUUUGCAACUCUGUUGCUUUAAAAAGCAUAAAUGCAAACUCGCAUACAUACAUACGUACCAUAUAUAUAUGUGUGUGUAUGUAUAUAUAUUAUACGCAAAUUAUACAUAUACAUAUAUAUAUAUCACAACUGUAUUAUAUUACAAGAAUAUAUUCGCUGUUUGUAUUAUAUUGCUUUUAAAUGUAUUAUAUAAAGUAUUAUGACAUAUAGAUAGUCACUAAAAUAUAUGUUAAAUAUAUACAAGUUUUUUUAUA